CUUCCGGAUUCCAUACAAGACUGGUAUCAGAAGACGUAUGGCACCACAGCGACCGCAGACGUCCUCCGUUUCUGCAAGAAGGAACUCAUGCACGCGAUCUGGUGUCUCUUCAUGGACGACAGCUUCAUGGAUGCAUAUCGGAAUGGCAUGCUUAUACACUGUAGCGAUGGUGUUCUGCGUCGCUUCUUUCCAAGGUUCUUUACAUACUCCGCUGAUUAUCCAGAGAAAGUGUUACUUGCAUGCCUCCGUUUCCUCGGAAAAUGCCCAUGUCCGCGAUGUCUUAUCAACAAAUCAGAUAUCCUCGACAUGGGCUCAUCUGCAGAUCUCCAGCUACGCAUGAACAUUCGCAUCGACUGUAAAAAGUUGUGGUCCAUUAUUGAUCGAGUGCGCCGGUGGAUAUUCAAACAAGGGUAUGCUUUGACGAGCAAGGCAAUUGGUCAAGUAAUGGAUCCGAUCUCCAUUCUCCCAACAAGAGUACGUUGA